AGAGGGAGAAGCUCCGCCAGACCAACUCUUGCCAUUUCCAGUCAGAAGUUGCAGACUUCAUGUAGCUGCCUCUGCUCUGCCGAGAGAGGGACGGGGAUGGUGUGCAGUGCAGAGUGGAAAAUACCCCCGCUCUAAGAAGUGCACCGGAUUUUUCUCUUGCUGUUUGUUUGGGUUGUUGAGUGCACGUUAGGCACCCAAAGGAUCGCCGCUUCACAGGAAUGAAACGUGGAGAGGAUGACUAACGACGGAACUGUGAAUUUGUUCCCUGGAGUUGCUAAUUUGCCGCCCCGAAGCAACACAUAUCUCGAGGAGGAAGCGUUUGGCUGCUGCUGAUUUCUCCAAAACUGGUGGUUUACCAGAUGCAUUGUGCUGUAUCUGCUGGAACAGAUCAUUGCUUAGCUGCAGCAGAUCGUCAAAGGUAGACAACUAACUGAUGUCUCCAAAUAAGAAAUGAGAUGUAAUGCAUCCUGCAGUCCAUGCAUGCCUCCUCUUGCAAAUCGCGCAUCAUUCCUCUCUGGAAACCUUUAAGUCCUGAAACCCCUGGAAAGAGAAUAAAAACAUUAUCAUGGACCUGAGGGAUUUUUACCUGUUGGCCGCUUUGAUUGCCUGUUUAAGGCUGGAUUCUGCUAUAGCUCAAGAACUUAUUUACACUAUUAGAGAGGAGCUGCCCGAAAACGUGCCCAUAGGGAACAUACCAAAGGACCUGAACAUUUCUCAUAUCAAUGCUGCCACAGGGACCAGUGCCAGCCUUGUCUACAGACUGGUGUCUAAAGCAGGGGAUGCACCUCUGGUCAAAGUGUCCAGUAACACGGGGGAAAUCUUUACAACAUCUAACAGAAUAGACAGAGAAAAACUAUGUGCUGGAGCUUCCUAUGCAGAAGAAAACGAGUGUUUCUUUGAACUUGAAGUGGUGAUUCUCCCCAAUGACUUUUUUAGGCUGAUCAAAAUAAAAAUCAUUGUAAAGGAUACUAAUGACAAUGCGCCUAUGUUUCCAUCCCCUGUCAUCAAUAUCUCCAUCCCAGAAAACACUCUGAUCAACAGUCGCUUUCCAAUCCCAUCAGCAACAGAUCCUGACACAGGUUUCAAUGGUGUGCAGCACUAUGAGUUGUUAAAUGGGCAGAGUGUCUUUGGACUGGAUAUUGUAGAAACUCCAGAAGGGGAGAAAUGGCCUCAGCUGAUUGUGCAGCAGAACUUGGACAGAGAGCAAAAGGACACCUAUGUGAUGAAAAUCAAAGUGGAGGAUGGAGGUACCCCCCAGAAAUCCAGCACAGCUAUCCUGCAAGUCACAGUAAGUGAUGUCAAUGAUAACAGGCCAGUCUUUAAAGAGAGUCAAGUAGAGGUCCAUAUACCAGAGAAUGCCCCUGUAGGCACCUCUGUAAUUCAGCUUCAUGCUACAGAUGCUGAUAUAGGAAGCAAUGCAGAAAUCAGAUACAUUUUUGGUGCCCAAGUCGCCCCUGCAACCAAAAGAUUUUUUGCUUUAAACAACACCACAGGGCUGAUUACAGUUCAGAGGUCCUUAGAUCGAGAAGAGACUGCUAUUCACAAAGUGACAGUGCUGGCUAGUGAUGGUAGCUCUACACCAGCCCGGGCAACUGUCACCAUCAAUGUCACUGAUGUAAAUGAUAACCCUCCUAACAUAGACCUCAGGUACAUAAUAAGUCCCAUCAAUGGCACAGUGUACUUAUCUGAGAAAGAUCCCAUCAAUACAAAGAUUGCCCUAAUUACGGUUUCAGAUAAGGACACUGAUGUGAAUGGCAAAGUGAUCUGUUUCAUUGAGAGAGAGGUCCCCUUCCACUUGAAAGCAGUUUACGACAACCAGUAUUUGUUAGAGACCUCUUCCUUGUUGGACUAUGAGGGCACCAAAGAAUUCAGCUUUAAAAUUGUGGCUUCCGAUUCUGGCAAGCCCAGUUUGAACCAGACUGCCCUGGUAAGAGUUAAGCUGGAGGAUGAAAAUGACAACCCUCCGAUUUUCAGCCAGCCUGUAAUUGAGCUGUCAGUUUCUGAAAACAACCGGCGUGGUCUAUACUUAACAACUAUUAGUGCCACAGAUGAAGACAGUGGGAAAAAUGCAGACAUUGUUUAUCAGCUUGGUCCUAAUGCCUCCUUUUUCGAUCUGGAUCGAAAGACAGGAGUUUUGACAGCCUCCAGAGUUUUUGACAGAGAAGAGCAGGAACGUUUCAUCUUCACUGUUACAGCCCGAGAUAACGGCACCCCUCCUUUGCAGAGUCAAGCGGCUGUAAUUGUUACUGUGUUGGACGAAAAUGACAACAGUCCCAAAUUUACUCAUAAUCAUUUCCAGUUUUUUGUAUCAGAGAACUUACCAAAGUAUAGCACGGUUGGAGUGAUCACAGUGACUGAUGCAGAUGCUGGGGAAAAUAAAGCAGUGACCCUUUCCAUCCUGAAUGACAAUGAAAACUUUGUGCUGGAUCCGUACUCUGGAGUUAUAAAGUCCAACGUUUCUUUUGAUCGAGAGCAGCAGAGCUCUUACACCUUUGAUGUUAAGGCAGUGGAUGGAGGGCAACCUCCUCGCUCUUCUACGGCAAAAGUAACAAUAAACGUGAUGGAUGUUAAUGAUAACAGUCCUGUUGUCAUCUACCCACCUUCUAAUACUUCUUUUAAGCUAGUGCCACUCUCAGCAAUUCCAGGAUCGGUGGUUGCCGAGGUCUUUGCUGUGGAUAUAGAUACUGGCAUGAACGCUGAGCUGAAGUACACGAUUGUGAGCGGCAAUAACAAGGGUUUGUUUCGGAUUGAUCCAGUGACAGGUAAUAUCACCCUGGAAGAAAAACCAACUCUUAAUGACGUGGGCCUGCAUCGCUUAGUUGUCAACAUAAGUGAUUUGGGUUAUCCCAAAUCCCUGCAUACUCUUGUGCUUGUAUUUUUGUAUGUAAAUGAUACUGCUGGAAAUGCCUCUUAUAUUUAUGACUUGAUACGCAGGACUAUGGAAACACCUUUGGAUCGGAACAUAGGGGACAGUAGCCAACCCUACCAAAAUGAGGACUAUCUCACAAUCAUGAUCGCUAUUGUGGCAGGUGCCAUGGUUGUCAUAGUGGUGAUAUUUGUCACGGUUCUUGUUCGCUGUCGACAUGCAUCCAGAUUCAAAGCUGCCCAGAGGAGCAAGCAAGGUGCUGAGUGGAUGUCUCCCAAUCAGGAAAACAAGCAAAACAAGAAAAAGAAAAGGAAGAAAAGGAAAUCUCCAAAGAGCUCUCUUUUGAACUUUGUGACCAUUGAGGAGUCCAAACCUGAUGAUGCAGUUCAUGAACCUAUCAAUGGAACAAUAAGCCUUCCAGCAGAGCUGGAGGAGCAAAGUAUAGGAAGAUUUGAUUGGGGCACAGCACCACCAUCAACCUUUAAGCCUAACAGUCCUGAUCUUGCCAAGCAUUACAAAUCUGCCUCUCCGCAGUCUGCUUUUCAUCUCAAACCUGACACUCCAGUUUCAGUGAAAAAGCACCAUGUGAUUCAGGAACUCCCCUUGGACAACACCUUUGUUGGUGGUUGUGACACCCUUUCCAAACGCUCUUCCACUAGUUCAGAUCACUUCAGUGCCUCAGAGUGCAGCUCCCAAGGAGGCUUCAAGACAAAGGGCCCCUUACACACCAGACAGGUAAACGAGCACUUUUACUGGUCUAUAAGUACUGCAUACAAGUGCCCGAUCAACCAGUAUUAAAAGUGCCACUGUGUUGUGGGUUUUUUUUGUUGUUGUUUGUUUCAUGCUAAUUUAAUUUAGUGAACAUUAUGGGGGGAACAAAAAAAACCUAAACCAAACACCAAAAAACAAGAACAAACAAACAAAAACCUUGACCUCUUUAUCAUUUACCUGGGGCUUAACCGUGUGUUU